AUGGAUAGACACGUGACCAUUUGCUAUCGUUGUGGGAAUAGUGGCCAUAUUGCAAAGUUCUGUAAUGCCAAGUUGGAGGGAGGUCUGGGUUCUAGUAGAGAUGGUGAAAGCCCCAAGAGAAAUGAUUCAAAAAUCAGACUGUCUACCGUUUCUUCAGCGAGUAAGAAGAAAACCCUUAUGGUCGAGAAUACUAUUAAUGGGAAAAACAAACUUUGUAUAGUUGACACUGGCGCAUCCAUUUCAUUACUUAGUAAAGACCAGUGGAAACCUCUUAAACUGGAUGAUACCCAUUAUUUCCAUCAGAUAUUGUUGCACAAGCCGCUAACAAUUCUCCCAUUGGGAUUUUGGGCAAAUCCACCUUGA